AGUCGAACGUCAGCUUCGUAAGAGGCAACAUCGGGCGAUCCGAUCCGCGCGUCAGAGUCUCGCGUCGUAAAAUACGCGCACCUGUCUUUACUUAAUUGCAAGCCACAAUUACUGGAAGAAUCGGGGGGCGUUAGUUGAAAAUAGGGCAGAAAAAUUACACGAAACAAAACGACAUGAUGAGAUAAAUAAGACAGGAAUGUUUUAAUUGCGAUACGAUAAUCUUGGGGAAUACAUUUCACGGAUAGAUAGAAAAAAAAAGUAUCUAGGAUCUGUUCGAACAAGAAUUGUCAACAAUCGUGGGAUAAACCGAUCGUUGAUGUAACUGUUAUUCAAACUUAAUUUUUUGAAUUACGUACCUAGAGGACAGUACAUUUUGUAUAUGUAAAUACGCGGGUGAAAUAUUCAACGUAAUUCGUCGUACAAUUUAUACUUUGAAAGAAAUUCAAUCAGUGAGUAAGAAUCGGUAGAAGCAAGAGACAAAAAAGGGGGACCAAACAUGGACCGCGAUUCUAUGCAGAUUCUGAAGAAGAUGGUCAUCGAUUUUCUCUGCCUUUUCGUCGUGGCAAUGUGCGUCCUGAUGUUUUAUCUUUAUGGCAAACCGUUCGAGCGGGGAUUCUUCUGCAGCGACGAGUCGUUAAAGUAUCCCUUCGGCGAGUCUACUGUCACCAGUACGAUGCUCUACUUAGUCGGACUCUUCCUUCCGAUAUGUGUGAUGAUAUGCUGCGAAUACUUGGACGCAAAGAAGAAACGGGGACAAUCCACGAGGGUUUUUUUUGGGUACACGAUACCGCCUUGGGUUUGGAAGGCUUACUAUCACAUAGGGAUUUUCGGUUUUGGGUCUGCCUGCACGGUGUUGACAACUGACAUAGCAAAGUAUACGAUCGGUCGUUUGAGGCCCCAUUUUCUCACCGUUUGUAACACCAGUGCCUGCAACUUAACCAGUAACGUUGGUGUUUACGUUGAAGAUUUCACCUGCAAUCCGUUACCAAUAUACACUGAAAGAACACUGAAGGAAGCCAGGUUAUCCUUCCCAUCGGGACACUCGUCCUUUUCUGCAUACACGAUGAUUUAUCUCGUGUUGUACCUGCAAUUGCGAGUCCAUUGGGCUAUCAGCAAAUUGCUGAAGCACUUACUGCAGUUUCUUUGCUUCUGGAUGGCUUGGUUCACCGCCAUGUCCCGAGUAUCAAACUACAAACACCAUUGGAGCGAUGUCCUGGCAGGAUCAACGCUCGGAAUUGCCAUGGCACUUUUCAUGGCCAAUUUCGUGGCAGGUCUCUUCAAACCCAAACGGUCUGUCGGCAAUGAUAAAAAUCUUCACGGGUCAGAAAAUGGAACAGAAGAGACUCAGCAGAGAUUGAAACAAAUAGAUUACGAUACUGAGGCGACUGGAGACGCGAUGUAGAAAUAGUUAAAGCUGAAUUAAACGGUGUUGACAAUUCAAAUUCUCAAGCUGACCAAUUUGUAGGAAUUAAAAUUUUCAACCCUCACCCCAUGACACUUUGAAGUUUCAGCUUUUAGCAAGAUGCUGGUCUGUUGGAUAUAAUUGCGAAUUGGAAAAACUCUCAAGUCUUUAGUUGCAAGACCUGUGAAUAAUCUUAAAUAAUAUUAGUUCUUUCAAGGCCUGCUUGUAAUAAAAAAAGGAUCACUAGUCGACGUGUGAUGAUAAUGCUUUGAAAGCAGUCUAGCGGACCAGCAUCAUCAUAGGUUACGGGUUGAUUGAUAUAAAUGAUAUCUUGAAUGCAAGUUGAACCCCAACUGUACGAAUUGAACUGAACUUCAAAAUUCAUGCCACUGUAACCGAGAUAUUAAAAUUUAAUAUUUGACCAAUGGCUGAUUUCAUGUUUGAAACUUGUUGACCGAUUGAUUUAAC